AUGGAGCUCCGUGAUUGGCUGGAAUCCUCGGGACUGGGCUCCACGGAUCUCCUAGGCUCGUUGACCCGCGCCAUGGAUUCCGAACCUGCAGGCGAGGCUCGGUCGUCCCUGGCCUUGCUUGCGUCUAAUCUGAGCCCUCCUGGUCUGCCUGAGGCACUCCUGGUGGAGUGUGAAGGAUGCUCGGGGCAACCGGACUUGGCGUGCGGCGAGGCGGUGUGGGUGCUGGGAGUGCGAUACGCAGAGUGGGAGGACGAGGAGGUGGGGCGAGAGGAGGCGCAGGAGGGGGGUGGGGAAGGGGAGGGGGAGGCGAGGAGAGGGGAGGGGGCUGAGGGGAGGAGAGAGGGGGGAAGGGGUGAGGGGAGUGGAGCAAGGGAAGGCGGGGAUGUGGUGAAUGACGUGGAUGAGGGUAGAGACGGAGGGAGGGUUGAUGGGAGGGAUAAAGGGCGGGAAGGAGGUGGAGGUUUGGCGAGGGAGGAAGGGCGAGAGGGUGUGAGGGAGAAGGAAUAUGAGCGGGAUAAGGGUGGUCGGAGGGAGGAAGGUGGGGAACAAGAGGGGUUAGAGGAGAGGAGCAGUGGAGAGAGAAGUGAGGUAGUGGAGGAGGGGAGGAGUGGGGGGGCACGGGAGGAGGGGAGGAGUGGGGGGGCACGGGAGGAGGGGAGGAGUGGGGGGGCACGGGAGGAGGGGAGGAGUGGGGGGGCACGGGAGGAGGGGAGGAGUGGGGGGGCACGGGAGGAGGGUAUGAGUGGGGGCUCGUGGGAGGACCUGGUGGUGGACGUGCAGUCAAGGCUAUGGAUGACGUACCGCUGGGGCUUCCCCCCUCUGCCCUGCACUGCUGCUGCUGCUGAUGGCGCUGCUGCUGCUGCUGCUGCUGCUGGUGUUGGUGGCGCUGCCGCUGCUGCUGGCGCCUGUGCUGGCGGUGGUGGUGCUGCUACUGGUGCUGGUGCUGCUACUGGCGGUGGUGGUGCUGCUACUGGUGGUGGUGCUACUGGUGGUGGUGGUGGUCCUGGCUUCACCACGGACACGGGGUGGGGCUGCAUGUUCCGCACCGGCCAGAUGAUGCUCGCUCAGGUAACGUCUCGCUCUGGUGCUGGCACAGAUGGUGCCACUGGUGGCGGUGCUGGCGCUGUCUUUACCGCGAACACAGGAUUUUGCUGCAUGUUCCGCACAGGCCAGAUGCUGCUCGCACAGCCCAGCUGCCCGGCUGUGCCACCUGCUGGGCCGCCAGUGGAGACGACUUGGAAGCGACUCAGAAGCGACUCAGAAGCUAUUGUCUUCUCCUCCUCCACCAUCUUUGAAACUCUCAGAAAUCGUUCUUCUUUCUCCUUUCUCCGAGCUGUGCAGGCCCUGCUGUGCCACCGCCUGGGCCGCCGGUGGAGACGACAGGCUGGCAGGGAGGAGCAGGCCUACCACGAGGUCGUUCGUCUCUUUGCAGACUCCCCCUCUCCACUCUCCCCGUUCUCUCUGCACCAUUUGGUUCGGGGCGGCGCUAGGCUCGGCGUCAAGGCUGGGGCGUGGCUCGGGCCGUACCGGCUGUGCGUCACGCUCGGGAGCUUGGUUCGGGAGAUGGAGAAGGGGGGAGGGGAGAGUGGUGUGGGUGAGGUGGAGACGGGGAGAGGAGAAGAAGGGGAGGACAGUGAAAGGGAGGAAAAGAAUGGGGAUGCAGGGAUGGUGAGAAAACCAAGAGCGGGAAGAGACUGUGGUGAGCGGCAAGAAAACGGCGAGGAGGCUGGCGACUUGACACGGAGCAAGGAAGGAAGACUUUGGGGCAAGGAGGGGUCGCUAUGGGGCAAGGAGGGGCCGCUAUGGGGCAAGGAGGGGCCGCUAUGGGGCAAGGAGGGGCCGCUAUGGGGCAUGCGCGUGCAUGUGGUGGGGGCGCACCCUGGGGGGGAGGGAGGGGGAGGUGCGCCCAUGCUGUGUGUGGACGAGGUGAUGGCUCUGUGUGGCGGGGGAGGAGGAGGGGGAGGAGGGGAGGUGAGGAAGGGAGGGGGGAGGGAUGCAGAAGGUGGGGAAGCAUUGGAGGAACAAUGGGGGGAGAGGGACGGGGAGAGGGAAGGGGAGCGGGGAGAUGAGGAACGAGGCGAGGCGAGCGCAUGGCGGGCGGUGCUGAUCCUGGUGCCGUUGGUUCUCGGUGUCGACCAUAUGGACGCCCGCUACCAGGAGGCACUGCGCCGCACAUUCACCUUCCCCCAGAGCGUGGGCAUUGCGGGAGGCAAGCCGCACACGUCGCUCUACUUCAUCGGCACACACCAGAAUGAUGUGCUGUUUCUGGACCCGCACUACCCACAGCAGCGGAUUGAACAGCUUGCACGAUUGUCAGAAGGUGCGCCACUCCUCACUGUGGGCAACAGGGCCGAUUUGGCGAGCUAUGCGGUGAAGGAGGUGCCUGAGAUGGACAGCUCGUCUUUGGGAGAUUCAUGGGAAGAUAAUGAUUCCGACAUUGCCAUUGGCAGUUUUCCUUCUAACGAGCUUGAGACUCCCCGUCUCUUGUUCCGACUGUUGCGCCGUUUACGCACCCUUCCGUCCACCAAUCAGCUCGCAGCGUCCGUGCUGCCGCCGCCCUGCCACGUGUCCAAGUUCGCAUACGCGCCCUUCGAAGCCGCCAGCCAGCAGCUCUUUUCCGCGCAGCCGCGUUCUUCGCAAGCCGCGAACUCGUUACAAGCUCCUGAUUCGUUACAAGCAGCCUUCAAGCGCCCGUCGGCACCCGUCAGCAACAGCAGCGGGCCCCGCGCUUCCAUUCCCGCGCGUACCAGAGACUCCUUGUCUGGAAGCUUCCACGAAGCCGCGCCUCCAGCGUUCCAAGCCGCGUGCGCAACACACUCCGUCGGCGGGCCUUCCUCCGGUUCCGACCGUUCCGCCCCGUCUCCCGUUGCGAGCGCAGCAGGGGGGAUAUCCGCGCUGCCGCGCGCCAUGGGCGGAACUCCCUUCCCGCCGCAUGCAUCAGGCGCAUCCGGAAGCUCCGGCGGAUUUCCAGGAUUCCCAAACCCCGCCGCGGGCUCAAUUGCGGACGGAAUCGGGGGAGGAGGAGCUGGCGGGUUGGCGGACGAGAGGGCGGAAGGUAUGGCGGGGGCAAUGGCGGGCGGAGGUGUGCGGAUCCCCGGAAGCUCGUCUCCGCGGGAUGAGGCUGCGGAGAGCGCCUUCUGGGCGUGGCGCCACCACUCGCGCACCUCCCCCGGCCCCCCUGCUUCCGCCUCCGCCUCCCCCUUCGCUGUUCCUGGCGCCCCUUCCCCGUUCGCCCCCUCUGCGUUUCCUUCCGCCGUGGGUCCCCCUUUGCCUGUCCCCUUUGCCGCGGCUCCCCCCGAUGUCGCUGCAGCAGCCGCGGCUGCCAUGCUUGCGGUUACGGGUGGCGGAAAGACUGUGGCGGGAGGUUGGGGGGGAGUAGCGGGGGGGAAUAAAGCGAGGGCAGAGGAGCAUGAGAAGGAGCAGAGGCAGGAGUUGAGGAAAGCGGCUGGGAUAAGCGGAGUGGGGAGGGACGCAGCAGUAGGAGGAAGGGAUGUGAGCGGAGCAGUGAGGGCGGAUCGAGGAGCAAUGGGGGAAGGUGGCGAGAGGACAGGAGCAAGGGGAGAAGCGAGGGGCAAAAGAGGAGUGAGUGAAGGAGUGAGGGCGUGUGACGUGGUGGCCGUGGUGGGCCAGCGGGAGUUUUGGCGCCUGCAGCAGGGCAUGCAGAGGCAUGAGCGCAUAGUGCGAGCACAGCUGCUGGACCUGCAUUCACUCAUCAUAGUACAGCAAGAACUCUUCCAAGCAGACCGCCCCCCCUCCCCCGAGCCCUCCGCCACCAGCGCCCCCCUCCCCUCCGCCCCCCUCUCCCCCGCGCCCUUCCCCCCCGCCUCCUUCCCCUCCGCCCCCCUCUCCCCUGCGCCUCUCCAGCCCCUCCGCCCUUCCCAACCUCCCUUCCGCGCCUCCCCAGCUGCGCCGCACACCUGUGUCGAGGCUGAGUCGCAGGCUCGGGGAUUUCCAGGGCAAGUGGUUCGGACGGAUACGGAAGGGUUCUCUGCUGCGAUUGGUGAAGGAGGGGUUAUGGGGGGAGAGGAGCGGGAAAAUGAGGAGAGGGUGAGGGAUGGUACUGCUGGUGCUGCAGUUGGCUAUGCGGACAAGGCAAGGAGGAAGAGAAGAAGGCAGGAGGAGGGUAUGGGGGAGGGUAUGGGAGAGGAUAAUGGGGAUGAUAGGGGAAGGGGGGAGGAGCAUUGGGGGGAGUGGCAAGCGAGCCCCAGAGCAGCGUCCGUUGCCGCCCCUGCUCUGUCGCGCUCCCCUCGGGUGCACUCACAGUACACUCAGCACAAGCAGCACACCGAUUAUGUGGUGCAGAAGCGGCAGGAGCAGCAGAAAGUGCGCCACGAAGCAGAGAAUCUGGAGGAGCCUGCAGCAUCCAGCUCGCCCCAUCGCCCCACACAUGUUAGCCCCAUACACGCUAGUCCCACUCGCUGUAGCCCUGUUCGCACCCCACCUCUCUCGCGUCCCAUACCUCCUACCCAUACAGGCAAGAGCCCCAGUCCUGCCCCUGCCGUACCUCCCGGCCCCGUGCCUGUAGGUUCGGCAGCUGGUAUGGUGCAAGUGGGCGGGUCGCCGGUUUAUAAGAUGGAGCGGAAGCUGGGGAAGGGCGGAUUCGGGCAGGUGUACGUGGGAAGGCGCGUCAGCGGCGGCAACGAGCGGGUUGGGCCCAACGCCGUGGAGGUGGCAUUGAAGCUGGAGCAUCGGAGCAGCAAGGGGUGCAACUACGGCCCCCCCUACGAGUGGCAGGUGUACACGACGUUGGGCGGCAGCCAUGGCGUGCCCAGAGUGCACUUCAAGGGGCGGCAGGGCGACUACUACAUCAUGGUCAUGGAUCUGCUGGGGCCGAGCCUGUGGGACGUGUGGAACAACCACAACCAAGCCAUGUCAACGGAGAUGGUGGCGUGCCAUAGCAGCGGAGGCCCUCUCAAUAUUGGAGAAGGUGCACGAGCGAGG